UCUGCCGUCGAAUUAAGACGUGACGCGUUCCGCAGCAUCCUCGCGUAGCGCGGCAAGGAUAUUCUGAUACAAAAUACAUGUAUCGGUAGUGGUGAGAAAUUUGAAAGUGCGCGAUUGGAAAGUACCUGUACUCGAGUGAAAAAACGGAGGGUUAAAAAAUGGAAAAGCUCAAAAUUGCCGGGGUUCGUGCGUGAUCGCGACGACGAGAGAAGAUAGAAACAAGUCUCAUCGGUGAGCGGUAAAACGGUGAAAGAGUGUGCGUGCGAAUCGAAUAACCGGUGGAGAAAUAAAAAUAUCGUUGCAAGUUUGAACGUAAAAUAUUGAAUGCUGUACGGGGGAAAAGACGAAGAAAAAAAAAAAAAACAAAAAACAACACCGAAGAGGAAAACAGAAAAUGAAAUAAAAAUAAAAUAACUGAAAGAAUUAUGAGUGUAAAAAAAAGUGAAAUUCUAUUAUCGCCAAAUAUUCCUAUAACAAGUUUCACAUUCACGGGAUAUUUUCCCGCUGGAUUUAUUAUGAGCGUGUAAUUCUGCCUACGCGUCGUCGAAAGUGAAACUAAAUUAUUCCCAGCAUGGAUCGAAUUUAUUGCUAUCGUAGAUCCGGUCGAGUGCUCAGCGUUAAUCCUGCAGGAUCAGUUCCGUAACAGCUGGAUAUAUACGUACAUAUAUAGAUAUAUAUAUAUAUUUAGCCAAUUACCCGGCGGGCCGGGGAUCGUCAUCACGCCUGGACCAACGCUAACGAUAAGCUAGUUUGCAUACAAAGAGUUUUAGUGAAUAUAGCAUCCCCCUCCAGCAGGACUAAUCAAACUUAAAUUAGUCCAAUCAAAGUUGAGAGCAAGUGCUUUUACGUCUCACUCUCCGCAACCGGGCUAGCAAGAUUCGUUCGAGCCGUUCCUCGCGGAUUAAAACGGACACCGUGAAGUGCAGGACGGGUGCGAAAUGUCUUUGGGAUAAUUGCAGUGUCCCCAAAAGUGUCGACCAACCCCUCUCGAUUCCUACCCCGCCGCCGCCCCGCUAGUGAAUCCACCGAGGAAUAAACUUGAGUGGAUUUUGUGGUCGGAGCUGCAGCAGGGAUUAUAACAAACCAUAGUGUGAUAUGUGGCGUAGAAAACUCGGUGAAUACCUAUGCGAAAACGGUGGUGUAAAGCAAUGGGUAAUUCGGAAGUGAAAAAUCACGUGUGAAAAGGCUGCGAAAUGGCACUGAGAUGGCAAACAAGACUGUCUUUAGCUGCCCUACUCCUUAUGUGCACGGAAGACACUCUGAGCAUCGGAGAACGCGGCACGGACACCUCGGAGCGACAUCCGAACCAGGCGAGGCCGCGACAGCAGCUUUUGAACCCCCCCGGUGGCGGUGCGAAGCCAAAGCCCGAGCCCACCUUCGACAUGAGCCAGCCAACCAACGUGACGGCGCUCAUCGGCAAGACGGCCUACCUGACGUGCAGAGUGAGGAACCUGGAUGACAAAACCGUAUCCUGGGUCAGACAUCGGGACAUCCACAUCCUGACCGCCGGAGUUUACACCUACACCAGUGAUCAGCGGUUUCAAGCUCUACCCGUUCAAAAUUCCGGGCAAAACAGCGAGUGGUCCGAGUGGACGUUGUGCAUAAAAUGGGCCCAGGAACGAGACGAAGGAAUCUACGAAUGCCAGAUAUCAACGGUUCCCUUAAAGUCACAUCACUUCUACCUGAACGUUGUCGUGCCAACGGCGACGAUCCUCGGUGGUCCGGAGCUCUACGUGGGCGCGGGAAGCACGAUAAACCUGACAUGCGCCAUCCACUUCAGUUCCGAGCCGCCGACGUACAUAUUUUGGUACUACAAUCAGAGAACAGUGAGCUACGACAGUCCCAGGGGCGGUGUGUCCGUGAUCACAGAGAAAGGGAAUGACGUCACUAAUUCUUGGCUACUCAUCCAAGCUGCUCAGCCCUCGGAUUCGGGGGAAUACGGAUGUAAGCCAAGCAACGCGGAAAUGGCUUCCGUCAGAGUUCACGUCCUGAAUGGAGAACGGCCAGAGGCUAUGCAGACUGGAACAGCUGGGCCUAUUCUGUCAUCGAGUUGUCUUUUGGUGUCGCUAAUUAUUUUGUACAUAUCCUCGAUGUAAAUGUAAGCAAUUUAUUGACAGAAAGAAAAAAAAAAAAAAAAAGGAAAGAAAACCAAACACACAAAGAAAAAGAAAAUAAAACCUAUUAAUUGAUAGAUUGUAAUCCAACGUCAAGCUCUGUCGCUGAAUCCGAACGUUAAUACCAGACGGUUGAGUGUUCUGAAUCCAGGAAUUACAUACCCAAAUAGAAGAGAGUAAAAUCAUGUCGAUCUUUCCGCUUCUUUACCCCCAGCGAUAUAACGAUUGGAAAAAACUGAACAAAGUUGGGUAAUUGAUAAGAGAAAAAAAGGCAUCAGACUAUUGAAAAUCUGUGCGGACAGCAUAUUGCUAUUUCCGGAAAUUAUUCUGCGGACAAAGGCUUUGUUGCGCUGAUUGCUUGUUUCGAAAACGCAAUCCUCUUUGGUAAUAACGUUGGUUCUACGGCACGUACCUACUGUAAAUAGUCUUGUAACAUAUGCAUACGUAAUAUGAUAUUUCACGAAACACUGGCAUUUGUUGUUCCGUACAGCCAGGUUCGAAAAUCUGAAACAAUGUAUGCGCGAGUAGGGGGAAAAAGAGAAAUGAUAAAACAGGGACUGCGGUACUACAUUGGGAAAAUUUAUCGAGAGCGAGGGAGAAAGAAAAGGAAAAGGAGAUGAAGUAGCAGUCAUGCAAAUGUUGUGUACAAAGAAAAGAAAUAAAGAGAAGAAAAUUUAGGAGAAUUAUACACACAUUAUACCUAUGUAUAUACGGCACGUAGAAGUUUUACGAUAAGAUUCAGAUUUUCGAAAAGGUCUGUACGUAGAAACAAGUCGAUUUAAUUGUAUGAAUUGUAUCACACAAGGGCUGUUGAUGAUUAAUUCUGUGUUGUACAAUUGACUUAACAAGAAAAAAAAAAGAUGACGAUAAGACGAAAAAAGAUGAAAAGAAAAAAAAAAAGAAAAAUAGGGGGUGAAUAUAAACUAUACCAUAACUCGACGGUAUAAAUUUCAUUCAAGCGAAAACAGAAUUUAC